UUUUCGUUCCAUUGCAGAAUUCCCUUAACCAGAAAUGGCCAUCAAAAACCUCACCAGAGCCAUCAUUUGCCUAAUGGCAGCAACCAUCAUGGCAAGCCAAGUGAAUGGUUUAAUGUCCUACCCAAGGUCAUUAUGGGACGUGAUGAUCCCCCAAGACCCGUUUAGAAUCCUCGAACACAUACCGCUUGCCGUCCCGAAAGCCACGGAGCCGAUGGCGGUGGCAUUGGCUCGUGCCGAUUGGAAAGAAACACCGCGGUUCCACGUAAUCGCCGUCGACAUCCCCGGGAUGAAGAAGGAAGAUCUGAAGAUCCAGGUCGAAGACAACCGUCUGUUGAGGAUCAGCAGUAAAAGAAAGGAGAAAGAGGGGGUGGAAGGUGAGAAAUGGCACAGUGCGGAGAGGACGAAUGGGAAAUUCUGGAGGCAGUUCAGGAUGCCUGGGAAUGCGGACUUGCAUCACAUCAAGGCUCAUUUGGAAGAUGGGGGCCGAUGA